GGAGUGUUCCUCCUCAUUCGAGGGUUUCCUCUCCUUCUCCAGCGCUGCUGUCAUUCACAAUGAGAAAAGACACAAAGGCAGAUCACAGAUGAAGGUGUACAGCUCAAAGCUGGUUUAAGUGAGGGUUUGUUUCAGCGGAGGCUCGUCUGAUCAGACGCCUCGCGCAGGUGCUUCGUUUCCCGCAUCGAUCAGCUGAGCAUCCGACGGUCUGAGUGUUUGCUAAGUGGACUGAGCCAUAAACAGGCUUCCCGUCUGCAUCUCUGCCAUUGCUCUCUUCCUGCUCUCCUUUCCCUGGAUCCUCAGGCUGCAGAACAUCUCCAUCAUCCCCCAUCAGACCUUGAGCCCCGUCCAGAAGAGCCAGAGCCCCUCAGGGCCCACGGGCACAGCGGCACUUUAGGACUGUCUGCGAGUCAUGAGUGAAUUCUGGUUGUGCUUCAACUGCUGUAUCGCCGAACAGCCGCAGCCGAAGAGGCGGAGACGUAUAGAUCGGAGUAUGAUCGGCGAGCCGACUAAUUUUGUCCACACGGCCCACGUAGGCUCUGGAGAUAUCUUCAGUGGCAUGAACUCUGUGAACUCCGUUCAGAACCAAAUGCAGUCUAAAGGAGGCUAUGGAGGAGAGGCCAUGUCUGUUAAUGUACAGAUGCAGCUGGUGGACACAAAAGCAGGAUAAUGCGUGUUGUUGGAAGGGGGUCUCGUGAUGAGCUUCUUCUGCUCUCUGGUUCCCCUCCAGCAGCUCUCCACGUGCCCCGGUGGCCACUUCUCACCUCAAUCUUCUCCAGCAAACACACGAACAGCUGUGUGCUCCCCGGGGAAGAGGCAGGACCCCACAGUGCUCCAGUGUUGUUCCCGUCACUGCUUCAUCGCAUACCCCUCCAGCCUAGAAGUGUGUGCCUGCUUUCUUCUGUGGUGUGCUGUCAACUGUUGCUUUUCAUCGCGCACAUCUGUGGGUCUGGAGCCCAUGCGAACAGUCGUUUUGGGUUGGUUCUCUUUUGUUCGCUCGUGAAAACUGAAGCUUUUAUUUUUGGUUCAGUGAUCAGCUCGGACGGACCACAGUGUUUGUCUGAGAAAGUGGCUGCUUUCAGUCAUGCGCUGCCAGACUGCUCAGUGCAAUGCAAGGACUUUGUGUUUAAACAUGAGCACAGCUAAUGACAUUUUUAAGGAAAUGUGAUUGUUACUUUGCCAUCCCAGUGUUUCAGUUUGCAUCUUCUGUUUUCAUUGUAAUGAAUCACUGAUGUUGAAAGGCAUGAGUGGUGUUUGUCCUUCUGCUGUCUGCUGUGUCAGUGUACGUCUGAAACUAUGUACAGAAUAAAAUGUAUAAAAUGAUUUUGAUUAGUUCUAGUGCUCUGUAUCGUUGUAGCUGCGAUUACAGGGGCAUUUCAUUAAAUAAGAGUAAUGAGAACUGUAGGUAACUUGGCCACAAAACAGCGCCACCUAUUGGCCAUCGAUGACUGGACUCACAGUAAGAUCCUAUUUCUGUUCAAAUAUGGAGCUCCUAAGAGGACAUAGUCUUGGAAAGAAUAAGAUGGGAUGAAAAAAUUAUCUCAUUUGCAAGCAAAGGUUUUGCAUUCCCCUAAAAAACUUUGAAUGCAUUGAAUGCACAACUUAAUAAUAUGAGAUUGAAGAAAAAAACUUUAUUUCAGUGUUUUUUUUGGGGGGCGGGGGUACAAUGCUUUUGUACGCAAAUGCAAAAGAUUAUUGGGAGAGUACAAAUGUUUUGUAAAUGACUGAAACUGUUUUGGGGGGAAUGCAGUACUUUUUACGAGUGAAUGUAGAGUUUCUUAGGUGAAUGCAACAGUAUUGAGAGUAUUUGUCCCUCUCAUGACCAUGUUCCCUCAGGGGCUCCUUAUUAAAAGACACACCGCAGCUGACAUGUACUGCUCGCUUGUAGAGCUGUCCACUUGAUCCAGCCAAAAUAUUAUGGAAAUAUAAAAUAGGUACCUUAUUUAUUGAAAGGCCGUUAGUAAAUUAUAAAGUCACAGGCUCUCUCUUGCCUACGGCUGUAGUCUUAUUCUGUAUAGACGUUUGUCUUUUUUACAGAUUUACAUUCUCCCAAAAAUGUGGUGUUGAAUCUCAUGAAACCUGUCAAGAACAAGAAGAAAAAGCUCAAUAUUUUGCAUAAAUUUUUAGGACCAUUAAUAUUAUUGCAUAAUGAUGUUAUUUUUUAUAAUUUAAUAGCCUCCACACACUUAUAUCUAUAAAAAAUAUCUUAAUAAAAUAGUAAUAUAAUAAAUGAUUACGUAUUAUAAUAUUAGUUAAUGUAUAUAUACUUUUUAUUUUUAUGCAUGCUUAAGCACAAUUUAGUAUUUAUUUAUUUUUUGAUUCAAAUCAGAUUUUGGGGGAAGUGAGCUUGGCCUGGACAUGUUUUUGUGAGAUUCCUCUCUUGAUUGUUUUCAGGAUUAAUCAGACAGUUGAAUUAGAUGUUCUGCUCAUUGCAGUGGAUUGGUUCAGCCGGCUGUGUGUUAUUAUACAGUCUACGCUCCUAUUCUUCACUCAGGACAAGAUGAAAAAAGCCUACAGUCUUCUGAAACCUCUUUAAAUCCUGUAUUGCCAAUGCUAUGAUCAAGUGCAAUUCUUAAAUGGUAUUUAAAUUACAAUUACCACCUUUUUAUUAUUUUCCAGGAUUGUCACACAAACAGUUUAAACUGUAUAUUUGUGUAUAUCAGUUCCCUUCAUUUCCGACCCAGUCUGGUGAAGUUUAUGAAUUAUCGUAAAGGGUAAAAUCCUUUUAGCUGCUUGGUAUUUUUUGUGCUGUUUUAAUAAGGCCUGCUGUGUCAUAUAGUGAAUAUUUGCCAGAAGAAAAUGUAUAAUCUUCAAAUAUUGACUUUGAGAGAGUGAAAAGAUGCAAGUAAAUUCCUGUGAAUGCUAACUGUAUCUGUGCAUGGAUCCCUGUUAACUGUAGGCUUUUCUCUAAGUGCAAGUGUUAAAUUAUUUCCCCCGUUUAGCUCCUGCUGUGUUUUGUUCUUUGUUUUGCUGGCAUGUGAUCAGAGAUCUCUGCCAGUGCAUUUUUUAGAUGGAUGUAGAAAUCAAAUCAGAAGGUAUGCAAAUGUGAGCCGCGUCACAUGACCCAGUGUUUUAACAUUUGCUGCACCUCUGUCUCAAAUUGACUGUAAGUCUGCUUGGUUUCGCUCAUUUAAAGGGACAGUUCACACUUCAUUUACUCUCCCAAACCUGUAUACGUUUCUUCUUUUGUGUUCAGCAGAAGGACGAAACAACAAACAAGCGAAUGAUGACAGAAUGUUCAGUUUUUUAGGUGAACUGUCCCUUUAAGACUUGUUCAUGAAAGAAAAGCAUAAGUGAAUUUCUGAUGUUCAUGUCGUGUGCUGGAUUGAAAUCAGAGCAGAUAUGUGACGUUGUGAUGAUGAGGGCAUUCAGAAGCCUAUCUUGGUGUUUUGAUUUUAAUUUGAAUGCAAUUUGAUGUAAUGUGUGGCCAAAGUGUUGUCCACCAGCCUGCAGUACGUGACAAUAAGCCUGGUUUAGUUUGACUGCGGAUGGAGUUCAGCAUCAGGGAAACACUCAUUUCUUUGGCACCCAUGAUAUUUUACAUUGUGUCAGCUGGUCGAUUACCCAGAUGUGUUCUGUCGAAAUAAAUAUUUUUUACUUGUA